ACGUUUAGGAAAGCAGCGAGCCUGAAGUACGCAUGUAGUAAUACAUGGCACCAUUAGGAGACAGGGAGCAUUGUUUGUUUCGAAACCAGCAGCCCGAGUGAGUUAUUUGACAUUUUUACAUCGGACUUUAUUGUUUUGCCACGAUUGGAAAGAUACCAUAAAAACCUGAGGUUUGGAAGACAAACGAAGGAGAAAGCCUGUAAGUUUGCGAGCUCCGCCCGCAUCACCUUCAUCCUCAUGGAAACGUAGACUUAGGCUACCCUACGCCAGGAUGGUUUGGGGGUAGUUAUAUGGAGUCUGAGUGGGGACUAGUAGCAGUUUUGGAAAGGACAAAGGCGGGAGACACAGUCGAAAAACUUUCCCCCGGUGAGUCACGGCGGUGAGUGGGUUGGAUUGUUGUAAAGUAAUCUUUACGCACGCUCUGCGCAGACAGAUUUGUAUAGUGCAAGAUGCGCCUGUUGAGCACGUCGCGCGGAUGUGACCGAGAGGGAACACACAUGACCGGAAUGAUUCAUUUGCUUUUUGUCCUCGCGGCCGUGCUGUCCUGUCAGGGCUGUCCGGACAUGUGUAAGUGCGACUCACAAACUGUGAAAUGCCAAAACAAGAACUUGGACGCGAUUCCGCAUUCUUUACCGGCCGAUACCAAAUUCUUGUUCGUCACUGGAAACAACAUUUCCCGGAUCAGUAUGGACUCUUUCCCAACCCGCCUGGAACAGUUAACAGAUCUCUAUCUCAGUGGGAAUGAGAUGGAGUCGGUGGAUGCAAUGGUAUUUGAUAACUUGCCAAACCUUGUGCGGCUGGACCUGAGCAACAACAGCAUCCAGAAUUUUAGUGAAAGAGCUUUCCCUGCUGAUAAUAAAGUGCAGUUCUUGAAUCUCAGUAGGUCUUUGCACAAUUAUUCCUAUGCUGAUGAGGUUCUAAGCUUUCUACAGAGUGGAAACCUCCUCCAGCUCACAGCCUUGGACUUGUCCAACAAUGACCUUGUGAUUCUCUCAGACAAUGUAUUCGUCAGCCUCUCCAACCUGGUGAACCUCAGCCUGCAGAACAGCUCCAUCAUCUCCAUUCAGAACGGGACGCUGAGGGUGCCACCGCUGCGUGACCUUGACCUGAGAGACAACAGCUUUAGGGACCUGCCCACCACCACGCUGGCAGAGUUCAGCCUCAAGCCCGCUCUCCAGAUUCGACUGUCGGGGAACCCCUGGCACUGCAACUGCUUCAUCGACGAAAUGCUGCUGUGGCUGAAAAACUCCACUCAGGUCAUUGACAUGCAGAACCUAACCUGCGCGGACCCCAAGGCCCUGAGACGCCAGCCGCUGCUGCAGUUAGAGCAGUCACAGCUGAAGUGUGCAGGCAAUAUGGAGGGCGUGCUGGAGACUUCUUAUGUCUUUCUGGGGCUGGUGCUGGCCCUCAUUGGCGUCAUAUUCCUGCUGGUGCUUUACCUAAACAGAAAAGGCAUCAAGCGAUGGAUGUACAACAUCCGGGAUGCUUGUAGGGACCACAUGGAGGGGUACCAUUACAGGUACGAGAUAAACUCUGACCCACGUUUGGCCAACCUGAGCAUCAAUUCGGAUGUGUGAGCGAAGACGGGACACUGUCUGGGGACCCCAUAGUGAGAUAUGAAAUGACUUGUACUGUUAAAAUUUGCAUGAAAGUCUUCCUCCCCUUCCCUCCUUUCCCCACAUGAUGCUAUUCAGAUCUGUCAUAGCUCCUAAUUAACCCCCCUCACGACCUCCAUUCAAGCACUGCCGCAUGUCCUAUACAAGUACCUGGCAGCUGUGAUGUCAACUGCAUUUCCUCCGUGUAACAUUGCAUGGACAAUGAAUUGUGGCGAAGGUUUUUUUUUUUUUAUUCUGGAGAGUUGCAAAGAGUGCUAUAUUCUAUUUUUACUUUUCCUAAAGGAUAAAUGUACGGAGUGACUUUUAAGUGAAAGAAAACAUACUGGUCAUUGCAUCCUUCUCAUUAUGCCUCUGCUGCUUGUUUAUGAGUUUGUUCUUUUUACCAUGUGAAUUUUGUGAUAUACAGUAUGCCUCUUGAAUGACUAGUGCACAUUGCAUAGAUUUUUGGAUUUUAGUAGGUGGAUGUAAUUGCUCUUUUAUUCUGUGAAGAUAUUCGGCAAAAUAAAAUGCCUCUGGAUUGCUGGUAUCUGUCUUGA